AUGAGCGGCCAGGCAUCCGGCAGCGGUGACCUUGUCUCCCAUAAUGAGUCCGGGUCCGAAUCAUCUUCCGCUACUGACGCCUCUGCAAUUCAGCGUCCAGACCCUCAAGAUGACGAGGAUGACGAGGAUGACGAUGAUUUAGAUUACCAAGAUGAACCCGACGAGGUUGACUUUGAAGAGGCUGAAUUAUCCGGUAACGAGGAUGACGACGAAGCCGCCCAGUCAGGCCAGCUCAACGGCCGACAGAUGCUCGCCCUCCUGCAGAUUCCCGAAGUGAAUGCUGCUCUCGGGGCCGGCGGUGAUGACAUAGACGAAGCGACUCCACUGGGCCACCUCCGAUUCAACCGGCGUGCUCGCAGACAGGCCAGCCGGCCCCCCAAGGUCCCCAGCGACGAGGGCACGAAGCUUAUGUGGUCUGGUGCUUUCGGAGCCACCUCGGCCAACGAUGGCAGGCGGGCAAAAAAGAACGCGGCCAGGCGGGUGCUGGAGAGGGAGCUAGGUGACGGCAGCUACGACGAUAGAAAGCGGAACAACGACCUCUUGGUGCAGAAUAUGCUGCCAACGACGCAAGCGGAGCACAUCAUCCACUACGAUGACCCGGUCUACUCGGGCCAGUUCUCCGACGACGGCAACUUCUUCUUCUCGGUGUGCCAGGACUUCAACGUGCGCAUGUAUGACACCUCGGACCCGUACAACUGGAAGCACUACAAGACGGUGCACUACCCGUGGGGCCAGUGGACGUUGACGGACGCCUCGCUCAGUCCGGAUAACCGCUGGCUGGCGUACACGUCGAUAUCGAGCAUGGUGUCCAUCGCGCCCACAGACCCUUUGGACACGGGCGACCCGUACACACUGGACCUAGGCGAGAGGCAGCGGGAGCGUGAGGACCCUUGGGGUCACGUCGGCCGCGGCUUCUCGAGCAUCUGGUCGAUCCGCUUUUCCGGGGACGGCCGGGAGCUGGUGGCGGGCACCAACCGCCACUCGAUUGUCGUGUACGACAUUGAGUCGCGGCGUGUGCUGCACCACGUCGAGGGCCACGAGAACGACGUCAACGCCGUGUGCUUCGCCGACAAGUCGUCGCCGCACAUCAUCUACUCGGGCUCCGACGACGCCACCAUCAAGGUCUGGGAUCGGCGCAGUAUGGGCGACGGGCGCGAGGCUGGCGCCUUUGUCGGCCACACCGAGGGCCUGACCUAUAUCGACAGCAAGGGCGACGGUCGCUACAUCCUCAGCAACGGCAAAGAUCAGAGCAUGAAGCUCUGGGACCUCCGCAUGGUCAUGUCCACCGGCCGCUUCCGCGAGCUCGAACCCACGCAGCAUACCCGCUACAGCACCUUUGACUACCGCACCGGCCGCUACGACCAGGCCUACUGGGACCACCCAAACGACAAUUCUAUCGUCACCUUCCGCGGCCACGAGGUCCUCAGCACCCUGAUCCGCUGCCACUUCUCCCCGCCGUCCGCCACAAACUCGCGUUACGUCUACACGGGAAGCAGAGACGGCAAGGUCUACGUCUACAAUAUGGACGCCACCGUAGCCCAGGUCAUCGAUGUCAACCAGGCCACUGUGGGCUCCAGACCCAGGGACGGCCAUGGCGGCAGGUUCCACCGAUGGGACGGUAGAAGUCGCUGGUCAACCUGCGUCCGUGAUGCCAGUUGGCACCCCAAUGCCCCUUUUAUCGUUGCCUCUGCAUGGAACGGCUACGAUAUGUCGCGUGGUACUUGCACGCUGCACUCCUUCAAUGAGGGGCAGGAAGACGAGGGGAUGCCGGUCAUGUCACGGAACCUCAACUCCAAGCUGCAAGCGGAAACGUGGGGGCAGGUGGAUGACGAGGACAAUGGCUGGUGA